AUGUCGUCUUCAAAAUCCUCGGCAAAGGCUACCAAUUUGGAGGUCACAAAUCCCGAAGAGUUCCACCGGCUACUCACCAAAUUUCGUGAGACCAUGGUGAAAAAUUGCAAACCCCUACCCGACGAACCCGACUUCUUCGUUGAUGACAUUAUUAUGACCGACUUUCUCCGCGCGAGGAAAUACAAAUUGGACGAAGCGGUCGCCAUGUUGACAGCUGCGGUGGAGUGGAGACGCGAGUAUCAACCGCUCAAAGCUGAUUGUCAGUACUGUCAUGAUCAACCGGGAUACCAUUGCAUCCGUCAAGUUGGACAUGACAAGAUUGGGCGCCCAAUAUUGUACGCGUGUUUCGCCCAGGCCUUUGCCACCAAAAACCACUCAGUGGACACCAUCAUGCAUUGCGUUCAGAUGUUGGAAAAUGCACGCCACUCCUUUAAGCAAUCGGCCACGCAGGUCGUCUUCAUCAUUGACUGUAUGACACUGCCGUGCUGCAACCCCAACCUCGGAAAGAAGAUGGCGAGCGUCUUUUCCAAUUACUAUCCCGAACGCCUCGGUGCUGCCGUGAUAGUGAAUCACAAGGCCAUUUUCCAGUCUAUCUGGCGAACGAUUCGAAAGUUUCUCGAUCCUGUCACCGCACGUAAGGUGAUCUUUUUGAAGCAGAAGACAUCACAGAAGCACUCCUCCAAUCCGGAGAAGAAAUCGAAGAGACUGAGUGAGGGUCUUCGUGAGCUCUGCGACGAGGCAACAGCUCAGUGGUUGGAGACGGAGAUUCAGAUGAAUCGAGAGAUCAACGAGAAUCAGAUGCGAUUUUGGGAGAAGCCCUCAGGCGGUGCCCACGAUCCGAGAGGAACGGAGGCCUUCGUAAGGGAAUUCAUUGACUGUGGAAACCCGCCGAAUGGUUUCAUGCCGCAUCCAAAUAUUGUGGAUAUGGUGUGUGGUAAACUUGCACCCGGAUAUCCUGUACAUCUGAGGAAGGGUGGCGCUGGAGACAAAUUUGAUAAAGAGCAGAUGAAGGAGUAUGGCAUUGAUAGUGUGGACGCGGACGAUGACGAGGAUGAGGAUUAA